AUGGCAAUAAAUAUCGCUGGGGCUGUGUCAAUUGCCAGCUUUUAUCUUCUUAUCCUCACGGUUGGCAUCUGGGCAGCAAGAAGAGCCAAAAAGAUUGAAAGAGCGUACGAGGGUGAUCAACCCGAAAUGGUAAUGAUCGCAGGACGAAAAAUCGGAUUCAUUCUUGGCAUUCUAACAACCAUGGCAACCUGGGUUGGUGGUGCAUAUAUAAAUGGCACCGCUGAGAUGGUGUAUCGACCGGAUGCUGGACUAGUAUGGACUGUAGCACCUUGGACCUCUCUACUUUGUUUGGUUAUUGGUGGAUUGUGUUUUGCCAAGAAAAUGCGAGCUGAGAAAUAUGUAACAAUGUUGGACCCAUUUCAGCUGCGUUAUGGGAAACAAAUUGCAAGUUUAGUGUUUAUCCCUGCCAUAGUCGGGGAAAUAUUCUGGUCUGCUGCCAUCCUUGCAGCUUUAGGUACAACAUCUAGUGUUAUUCUGGGCCUUGAUAAGAAGCUAUCAGUGGUCAUUUCAGCUUGUGUAACAAUGAUUUAUACGUUACUUGGAGGGCUGUAUUCAGUGGCAUAUACUGAUGUCGUUCAAUUAGGUUGCAUUUUCUUUGGCUUGUGGCUGUGUGUGCCAUUCACAAUGCUAAAUCAUGCUGUCACCGAUAUCAAGAUCACAGCAGUUAAGGAGAUCCAUCAAAAAUCUUGGCUUGGAAGCAUUAAUGACAGGUUUAUUGGAAAAUGGAUAGAUGAUUUUUUGCUAAUGGUGUUGGGAGGAAUACCAUGGCAAGCCUAUUUUCAAAGAGUGCUGGCAUCCUCCUCUAUUAAAAAUGCUCAAAAAUUAUCAAUCGCAGGAGCAUUUGGUGGUUGUAUAAUGGGCAUCCCUUCAGUCCUGAUUGGCUCCGUUGCAGCCUCUACAGACUGGAAUCAGACUUCUUAUGGCUCCCAGUCACCUUAUGAGAAAAAUGAAGCUGCCAUGAUUCUACCAAUAGUUCUUCGAUAUUUGUGUCCUCCCUAUAUCUCCAUAUUUGGAAUUGGUGCCAUUGCAGCUGCAGUCAUGUCCUCAACUGACUCCUCUCUUCUGUCAUCCAGUACUAUGUUCACACAUAAUAUCUACCGAAAGAUUCUUAGGCCAAAGGCAUCAGCGAAAGAAAUUCUGUAUGCAAUGAAGACCACAGUCUUUGUGGUGACAGUACUUGCCACUGUCCUUGCUCUGUUUACCAACACUAUCUAUGGUCUUUAUGCAUUAAGUGCUGACCUUGUGUAUGUCAUCCUUUUUCCACAGCUUGUUUGUGUUCUGUAUGUUUCGUGUGUGAAUAGAUUGGGAUUUGUCACUGGAGUUCUGACAGCAGCAUUGCUUAGAAUUGCUGGAGGUGAACCUCUUUUUCAUUUCCCAGCUGUUAUACAUUAUCCUGGAGGUUAUUUCCAGGAUAGUGACUAUAUCCAGAUUUUCCCAUAUAAAACCUUUGCAAUGCUGUCCUCUUUGAUAGUGACUGUAACCUUGUCAUAUAUCAGCAAACUCAAAUGGCCAGAGGGUUAUGUAACUGUAUUUAACUUGACAGAAAUAUCACGUGAGAUGAGAACCACUUCUUAA